AUGCAUGUUCUGUUAGACGAUUUGUUGGAAGACAAUGUGUCUAAAAUUAUACGUCCUUCACAUCUGAUUUACGAUGGAGCAGGGGGAAGGGAAGAGAGGAGUAAGCAGUUACCUGUAAAGAACAGUACCAAUAAUUGUAGUAGUAGUACAAGUAGAAGUAGUAGUAGCACUAGCAGUAAUAUAAAUAAUAGUAGCAGCAGUAGUAGUAGCAGCAGCAGUAGCAUUGGUAGUUGUAGCAGCAGCAGUAGUUGCAGUAGUAGUAGAAACAGUAGCAGUAGUAGCAGUAGUAGUAGUACAAAGUCUUGCAGCAGUUGCAGUAGUUGUAGCAGCAGUAGUAUUAUGGCAGUAGCAGUAUUAGUACAUUUACAGCUUAAGCAGUAG